AUGCCACCCCCUCCAAUCCAUCGCCGCCAAGAAUCAAACACCACCUACUCCCGCCCUUCAACUCUCCCAGGAAGCGGCAACUACAACACAACAGGAACCCACACAUUCAACACAAACCCAAACACUACAUAUACCCCCAAUUAUAACUCCAACACCUCAACCCCGUCUAUGUCCGCUGCCAAAUCGCGGCAAUAUUCCCACCUCCAUUCCCAGCUCGCACAGCUCAACGCCAACCUCGCCGACACAGAGAAUCUACUCCGCAUGACCGCCGUGCAGGCGGGGGACAUACGUUUCCUAGGCGGGUAUUCUGGGGCGCUGUUUAUGGGGUCUGCGAAGAUUCUGGGAGAGGAGGGGGUUAAGGGAAAUGCGGACAAGGAUAAGAAGGUCGAUUCCGAAGAGGGGGGAAUUAAGAGGGAGGAGAGUGAUGAGGAUUGA